GUUUCGAUCCACAUAUACGUAGGAUUCUUCCCAACCUCGAAAAGAGGCAGCGGGCCGGCCGGAGCUCCUCAAGACAGGAGUAGCCAUGGCGGAAGAGGAGCUCGACGUCAGGCUUCUCGUGGACAAGAAGCACGAACGCGUCGUGCUGGCCGAGUCAAGCAAGGAUUUCGUGGACACACUACUGAGCUUCCUCACGCUGCCCGCCGGCACCGUCGUCCGCCUUCUUGGAAAGCGCGCCUCCCUCGGCUGCAUGGAUCACCUCUACCAGAGCGUCGAGAAGUUGGACACGGAGCACCUGCAGACCCGAGCCUGCAAAGCCAUGCUGCUCUCCCCCGUGAGCGCGUCCCACCGACGUUGCGAGAACCUAAAGCUCAGAGCCGACGACAAGUGGCCGCAAAAGUUCUUCUCGUGCCCCAAGUGCGGAUUCCCCCCCAAGGGCUCUGGGAUGUUCAGCCUCGUUCCGGACACGUUGUGCGCCUGCGGACGGAUCAUGGUGCAGCAACGAGACGUACACUUGGGCAAGAAGCAUUCCGGAGCCAAUGGCGUCGAUGGAGUUUUCGUGAAAGGAGGCGCCAUGUUCUUAGUUACUGAUGACCUGCGUGUGGCGGAGAGCUCCGUGGAGAAUGCUUUAGCGGUGUUCCGAAGGUAUGGCAUCCAAGAUGGCAACGGCCUGGAGGAGAGGUUCGUGAAGAUUGGGAGAAGCCGGAUUCUGAAGCUGCUGGAGAGAUCACUCGUAUCCAGGACUCCCUUGACCGAUGUUUUCCUGGAGACGAGCAGCACGAGUGAUUUCGAAGAUGUGAUCGAUCUGACAUACAUAUCUGAAGGAGGUCGCCCCUGCAGAAAUGACAUGGCCUCCGAGUCCAAGGAGAUGGUCGUGAGGCUUCUCCGAGACAAAUCCAACGACGACGUGAUCUACGCGGAAGGAGGGGAAGAUUUCGUGGACCUACUCUUCAGCUUUCUCACCCUUCCUUUAGGGUCCUUGGUAAGGCUCUCCGGCGGAAGCUCCUCCAUCGGAAGCGUCGAUAACCUGUAUCGAAGCGUGGAGCAGCUGGGCGACUACAUCAGGUCGGAGAAUUGCAAGCUGGAGCUCAUAGCUCCGAAGCUGGCCUCCAGUUUCAGCUGCGAUGUACUUGUGUCGCUCUUGGGGUUGGAGGAAGAUAACUCGUGCAUCAGCAGCGAUGUCACGGGGGUCGAAGCUAAGGUGUUUGCGGUUAAUCCCAAGUCCCUGCUUCCAAGCAAAGAACUCGGAGGAGCAUACAUGAAAGGACCAAGAAAGUUUCUGAUCACAGACACUAUGGAUGUGUCGCCAUUCAACAGCCGGGAGGCGUUGGACCUCGUCUUCUCCAAGGAUGUAUACUUCGAAAACCUGAGGGAGGAGACGGUCACACUGGGUGAAGCAGAGGCUUUGAAGCUUCUGAAAGCAUGUUGGGUCUCUAGCAGGACUCUGACCGAUGCCUUCGCCAAAUUCUUCUGAAGCUACGCGAUACACGGCAAGAAAUCUAGAUUGCCUCUCUAUCUCAUGCUCCUCGUUUAGAUUCUGUUAGUCUUCUCGUAGUGUCUUUGCGACAAUUUUUAGAAUCCAACUACGAUUGUUCGAUCGGUUGUGUUAUUGAAACAAUGAUAAUAAUACUCGAUUA